AAGGAAAUCUUGGGAAGCCACCUGCGUGCUGUGUUUUCCCUUGGCUUUCGUUUUGUUGAGCUGCCCCCCAUUUCAUUUUAAAACUCAUCAAAGUUCCUGCCUUUCAUAUAUUUGACCGUCCCCUUUUUGUCUUGGUUCCAUCUUCAACCGGGCAAUCUGCGUCUUCAUAACGGGUUGCAGAAAAAAUGGAGUCCCAGAUUCCCUAAAUGAGUGGGAUUGAGUUCAUGGGGAGAUGGCCUAUUUCAUCCAAUGCUUCCAUUGUAGAUUGCAACAAAGAUGUUGAUCCUAAUCCCAGUAAUGGCUGUUGCAUUGCCCCGGAUUGUUUGGUUGAAGGAAGUUACGCGAAUGUUAACUAUGAUGAUUGCAAAGCCACGAUUAGAUGCUAUUUUGAGAAAAUUCUUUGGGUUUUUCUAAAGGAAAUUGGUCGUAGAGGAUCCAUUAGGCCAGUGGCAGCGUUACUAGGUGAAGGGGGAUCUUUGGAUUUGUUUGAACUGUUCAUGGUAGUAAGAGAUAAAGGAGGUUAUCAAGUGGUUUCAGAAAAGGAACUAUGGUCUUCAGUGGUUUUGGAAUUAGGUUUGGAUCUUGGGCUUUCGGCUUCAGUGAAAUUGAUUUAUUCCAAGUACUUAAGUGACCUAGAGAAAUGGCUUAUGGUGAGAUCUGGAGGCACAAAACUGGAAAAUGGGAACUCUGAUUAUCACUACAGGAAAAGCUUUCCAUUUUUGUCGGAACUGGAGGCAAAGGUUAAGUGUAUGUUAUAUGAUGAAUGUUCUGGAUUUAAAUCUAACAAACCAAAUGGGAAUGUUAAUGUCGCCACCGCUGCAUUGGAGAAGGAAAUAAAAUUCCCUAAACUAAAGAAGGAAGAACACGAUCUUCAUGGGGAUGUUACACCAAUUCAACAAAAUUGUACUGAGACACCUCGGGAUAAUGGUGAAACCGAUCAAAUCCAUGUUAUUGAAGAUUGUAGAAGUUUGGCUGCUGUUAACAUUGAAACUGAAUUAGACACUCAUGGGAGAUAUCGAGAAUCGUUAUUACGAAUGCUGAAGUGGGCGAGAAAAACUGCAAAGCAUCCUGGAAAUCCAUCAAAUUGUACAGUACCAGGGGCAUCCAAGUGGAAAGCAUAUGCCAGCGAUGAUGCAUUAUGGCUUCAAGUUAUCAGGGCAAAGGAUGCUCUUUUAACUAGGAAAGAUGUUGACAGAAUUGCUGAGAAACGUCUGUUAAUACAGAAGAAAACAAGGAUGCAUCCAUCCAUUUAUGAGGAUAAUAUUGAUAACCAUCAACUCUCUACAGAAAGGAUCUGUUGCAGCAAAAAAUCUAAUGCAUCGGCGUGCAAUAAUUCACAUCCAACCAUUCAAAGUAAUUGUAUCAGUAGUCUAACAACAGAAAUUGGGAAGGGACUCGAGAAUCAAGCACUCUCGAAUGGUGAUUUACCAUCUAAAAUGGAAGACAAUCAGCCGAAUGAAGAUUCUGUUGAGAAGCCAGUUCCCACAGGUGCUUUAUUUCAAGCAGUGAUACCUGAGUGGACUGGCAAUAUUUCCGAUAGCGACUCUAAAUGGCUAGGGACGCAGUCAUGGCCUUCUCAACACGGAAAUAUUAAUUCCGUAGUAAGUGAUAAAAAUCCCAUUGGCAAAGGGAGACCGGAUUCUUGUAGUUGCCAAUUUCCAGGUUCUGUUGAAUGUUUUAGAUUUCACAUUGCGGAAGCAAGGAUGGGAUUAAAGCUUGAACUUGGUUUGACAUUCUAUGAUUGGAGAUUUCAUCAUAUGGGGGAGGAAAUAUCUCUGCAGUGGACUGCUGAAGAGGAAAAGAGAUUUAAAGAGUUGGCAGUAUCAAGUUUUAACAAUCAGAGUCGGUGCUUUUGGAACUAUUCGUUGAAGUGGUUCCCAAUGAAAUCAAGGAAAAACUUGAUAAGCUAUUACUUCAAUGUGUUUCUUUUACGGCAGAGAAGCUAUCAGAAUCGUGCGACUCCAAAUAGCAUUGAUAGCGAUGAUGAAGAUUUAGAGUUUGGUUGCAUCAGUGGUGAUUUUGGGGCUAAGGCAAUGGAAAUUUUAGGCUCAAAGUCUGUAGAAUGUGCUGAAAAUAGACAGUUCACAGAUGUGGAGUAGAGUCCAUGGAGGCAACAGGCAGUUUGAAGAAGAGGAGGAGAAAAUUGAAUAAUGAAGUCUAUAACUCAAACCUUCCCUGCAUCAACGUAAUUUUUCUCGACAUGCUGCUGCAGCCUGCAGCAGAAUCUGAAGUCAACCAAAAGAGGGGAAAGAAAACCAAUUUUGAUGAGAACACGUUUUUACUGCACAGCACCAUUUUUGUUGGGGGGAUCUGUAUGCUAUCGGCUGGUGAGGAGAAAUACGAGGACAAAAGAGAGCCAUUGGUACAUUUGUUUGUUUUGAAUUUGUGUAUGUAUGGAACUCAAUCUGGUAGUUCUUGGUUUUGUAUUUGGAGAUUGUUGUAAGCAUUUUGAAGGGGCUUCGAGAGAAUUUCACCAAAGAUUAUAAAGUCAACUUAAACAUA